GCGGCGACGGCGGAAUGAUGGGUCUCCGCGCGGGAGGAGCGCUGGGCAGAGCCGGGGCGGGCCGGGGAGCGCCCGAGGGACCUGGGCCGAGCGGCGGCGCGCAGGGCGGCAGCAUCCACUCUGGCUGCAUCACCGCCGUGCACAACGUGCCGCUGAGCGUGCUCAUCCGGCCUCUGCCGUCUGUGCUGGACCCGGCCAAGGUGCAAAGCCUCGUGGACACGAUCCGGGAGAAUCCAGACAGUGUUCCCCCGAUCGACGUCCUCUGGAUCAAAGGGGCCCAGGGUGGUGACUACUUCUACUCCUUUGGGGGCUGCCACCGGUAUGCAGCCUACCAGCAGCUGCAGCGAGAGACCAUUCCCGCCAAGCUUGUACAGUCCACCCUCUCGGACCUAAGGGUGUACCUGGGCGCUUCCACGCCAGACUUGCAGUAGCAGCCUCUUUGGUACCUGCCACCACUACCAGGAACCUGGAAGACACCUGGCCUCCAGUGGGCUCGGACAUGCAGAGGUGUAGCAGGAGUGCAUUCUGUUUGUGUGUGGCAGGUGGGUCUGGCUUGAAGCACCCUCUUGGCUAGCUGCAAGACCUUGGACUCAUGACUGAACAGUGUGGGAGCCCCACUUCCCACCUUGGGGGAAAUGAGGUCCUGUGUUUGCUCUUGAGGGAUUAUUGAGAGGCUGAAAUGAGAAAGGAGACGGAUUUGGAGAGUCAUAUGCUACUGGCUCCGGAUUCCCAAGGACAAAGAUCCUUCUGCAUUUCUGUCCUUGUAUUGUAUCGUGUGAAUUCAUUCAUCUGCAAGUGAAGGAAAACCUAGGUUACAGUGACUUAAACAAAGAGAAGUUUCCUUUUCCACAUAGCAUGAAUUCUGGAGACAGUUGACUAAUGAUACUGGUUAAACCACUCAGCAAAGUUAGGGCACACAUCUUGUCACUUCUCAGUCACAAGAUGGCUGCUGUACCUCCAGCAAUUGCAGCUAUGUCCAAGGAAGAAGGGAGUCGGGGAGGAGAAAGGGCCCAGCCAGCUGGACCCGUCAGCUUCUAUCAUAAAUUCAGGACUUUUCCAAAGGCCUGUUUCCUGCUCUCUUCCCCUGUGUAUUUAGAUCAAAAUAGACUUAGAUCUCCUUGGCCCAAACCAGGUGCAGUAGCCACCCCUAGCUGCAAAGAAAGCUAAGACAGCAGGAACACAAUUGUCACAGUUGAGUAGAUCAAUCAUUUCCCAUCUCCUAGAACUGUCACACAGCCUCCUAAAAAAUAUUGGAAUCCCAUUGCCAAGAGAGAAAUGAGAAAUUGUGUAUCAGUUAGCCUUUGCUGAGAAAAAAACAAUUCCUGAACUUGGCAGCUAAAAACAAAUUAUUUGCCUACAAUUCUGUGGGUUAGCAAUUUGGGCUGGACUCAUCUGGGCAGUUCUGCUGAUCUUGCCUGAGGUCACUCAUGGGAUUGUAUGCAAAUCAACUGUCACCCAAAAUGGCCUGGAUGAUCUCAAAUAGCCUGACUCCCUUGUUUCGGCAGUAGGUGGGCUGUUGGCUGGGUGACUUGGUUCUCCUCCAGGUGGCCACUCCACCAGUUAGUUCAGGCUUAUUCACAUGAUGGCAUCAGCGCUGAGAGAGGAAGAGAGAGAGAGAGAUGUGGGGUGUGCAUAGAGGACAGGAACAGAGAGAAAGAUGGAGAGAGAAGUUGCAAGGCUUUUUUGAGUUCUAGGCCAGAACUGGUGUAACAUCACUUCUGCUAAGUCCUUUUGGUGUUUGGCUCAGAUUCAAGGGCUGGGGAAACAGACUAUACCUCGUGGAGAAACUACAAAUGAUUUGUGGCAUGUUUUCUCUCUAUCACAAAUGACUUUGAAUAGCAAAUAACAGUGCUUCUUUGUUUCUUGCUCUCUUGCACGGGGCCUUGCUCUGUCCAGGCUGAAGUCACUAAGACACUGACCUGGCCCUGCAGAGGGGAAGAAGUGAGGGGCGGUGGGUGGGUCUCUCCUAGGGCUGGGCCCACUCUGGGAGGGCCCUCAACAUCUGUACUCUGGUAGGUUAGGGCAGGUGGGUAGGCCAGGUAGGACACUGCAAAGGAGCUUCUGAAAUCCUGUAGUCCUGUGGGGAAGGGAAGAGGCAGAGGAGGGGUGCAGAGUGAGGUGGACCUUACUCUUACUGCACUGCUGAGGGAACUCCAUCACUUGGCAUUUUCAAACUUCAUUUUCUCCAGCUCAGUAAUGAAGACAACAGCUUUCCCACCCAUUCUCUGUCCCAGGGAUUGAUGACUGAGGUGACCAAUGGAAUUUAAAAGGGAUGUAGUCUUAAAUGCAGUGUGAUAUCCUGUAUUGGAACUUGGAACAACAGCAACAAAAGGACAUUAAUGGAAGAACUGGAAAUCUGAAGAAGGUCUGGAUUUUAGUUAAUUUAUACAAAUGUUGAUAUUGGGGUAGGCUGGGUGCAGAGUAUAUGGGAACUCUGUACUGUAUUUACAACUUUUCUGUUAAUCCAAAACCACUUCCAAAUAAAAGUUUAUUUAAUAAAAAGA